AUGCAGAUCCAGGUCCUCGCCGCCGUCCUUACCACCCUCUCCUUCACCUCGGUCAAGGCUGCAAUCCUCCCUAGAGCGACCAUCACCGCUGGCACCAUCGUUCUCCCUGAAGUCGUCUUUAAUCCCUCCGAACUGGCCGACCCGGCUUUUACGGCGCUUAACAUACUCCGUAAUGAUAUCCUCAAGACAACCACUCUCGUCGGCGAUCUUACUCACGCCAGUGGCACAACCGUCAAAGAUAGAACCGACCAAGCUACCGCUGUCACCCGCCAAGUGACGAGCAACAGCAACAGCAUCCGCACCAGGGUUGGUACGGUCAUUGGUAACCUGCUGGGUGCAAUUCCUUCCGGCAUCCCCGCUCCAUCAGGCACAUCUGCUGCCCCGGCUUCCGUUCCCACCGCUGAGGUAUUUCAAGUCGCCCAAGACGUCGUUCGUCAAUCCCAGGCUCUGGCAAGAACCGCCACCUCCCAGCUCCAGGCGCUUCAAGGCCAGGGAAGCUCUGUGUCGGAUGCUAAUGGCAAGGCGGCUUACACCCUUGCCUAUACCCAGGCAAGCCUUGCAUUUCAGGGUGCCCUAAGCACCGUCGGCACUGCGGCCAGCGCUGCCAUCGACGCUGUGGCCAACACUCUUGAAAACGUCAAUGGCACCGCUGACCGCGUCCGCAACAUCAAGUUCAAGCUUAACCCUGUCCUUGUCCUUGGUCUUACCCCUGAUGUCACAUUUUAA